GGAAACGAUUCAAAAUAUCAAAACCUUCAGACAUAUUUCCUCAUUCGGAAAAAAUAAAAAAGAUACUGUUUUAAGUUUUUUUCUUUUAGAAAUUCGUUUUUAAGAAAGAUGAUUACUUGUUGAGCAGCACAACUAUUUUUGGCAUCGAGCUAGACGUAAGAUUCGGGAGCGAAGCAGCUGCUGCGGAACCACCUAUCACUUGCAUCACCACCAAGGAGUAACCAAACUCUCACAUUCAUUACAUAAAAUUAUAUGGACAGAGAAAGAGAAAGGGAAAGAUUUCCAUUCUCAGUAAUGGGGGACAGGAGAAAGCGCCGUACAGGGGAGGAGCAACCUUCUUCAGAUUCUAAUGAUCAGAAUUUUCGACCAAAAAGGAUUACGGCAGUUCCACCAUUUGAUGCUAAAAGGGCUGAAUCCUCCAGGCAGCAUGUGAGAGCACUCAAUUCUCAAUUUGCAAGAUGGGUGCAAAACCAACUGAGGGAUCACCCUGAUGAGCUUUGGCAAGAUGGGGUGCAAGAUUACAUCAAGCAUGCUUCAGAAAUUUUGGUACAAUUCAGUGAUGUGGUAGAGUGGCUUAAAGCAAAUGCAAAUUUGAGUCAACAAAAUGUUCCAGUGAGCUUGUCUAAUGGAGUUUCCCCAAGUGUAGAGAAAAAGGUUGUAAAAGAAGACAGCAAAUCAGAGUUGCCAGUUCAAGUAGAAGAAUCAAAGAAACCAGGGAUAGGAUUACCUUCAGGUUCAUGGAGCUUUGGAUUGACUCCUAACAAUCAAAGUUCAUCAACUGCAGGACCAUGGAGUUUUGGAUUAGCUUCCGCCAAUCAGAGUUCUCCAGUAACAGGAAAUUUGUUUCGCCCUCCAGUUCCAGCUAGUGAAGCAGGGGGUGCUUCAAACAGCCAAGAAGAAGAUGGUGAUGAUGUUGAGCGACCUCCUAGCCCAUCUGUGAAAAGGGCAGAGGAACCUGGAACUGCUGUGGUACAUGAAGUCAAGUGCAAGUUAUAUGCAAAGCCGGAAAGUGGUGCAGAGAAGGGAUGGAAAGAUAUGGGCAUGGGACAACUUUAUAUCAAAUGUAAAGAGGAUGCCACAAUAGGCACAAAGGAGGCCAAGGCAACAAUUGUGAUCCGCAAUGAUGUAGGAAAGGUGGUGCUUAAUGCUCUUUUGUACCCAAAUAUCAAACUGAACGUGCAGAAAAACACAAUUACAACAAUUUUAUAUACAGCGGAUGGAGACCUUAAAAAUGAUGAGGCAGGCAGAGAAAAGAAAGAGGUUGGUAAGGCUCGUCUUUAUUUGUUAAAGCUGAAAUCUGAAGAUGAGGCAAAGAAGCUUGAGGAAGCUAUCAAUAAGAAUGCACCAGCUGCAGAAUAACAUUCCUAAAAUAUAAUCUAUUAUGUCAUAUUAAGCAUCCCUGACUGAUGCCAGAUCAAUUGAUCAAUUAUUUCUGUGUACUAUAUUCUGCUGUGACCAUCAUCCUGUUUUAUGUAACAAAACCAUGAAAAAUGAAUGUGGCGCCUAACGAAUGGAAAAUCAUUUUUCAUGACC